CCAGAGCAUGCAUUCAUGACCAGAGGAUUCAACGAGACUGGAGCUGUGUACCUGGGCUCGGUGUAUGUCGGCGAGGCUCUUCAGAGAGCCAUGGAGCUGACUGAUGCUGCUUACGCUCACAGUGAAAGAGUGAAGAAGUCCUUGUCUGAAGGUGCCCUGAAGCCCAGUGACCUGCUGGCCCAGUUCAAACAGAUUGAAACCAGUACCAGGGUUCAGAUACGGGCUGCUGAGCUGCUGGACAACACAGUGGAGCUGAUCAGAGAGAUGGUCUACACCCACACCAUGACGCAGCCCGAUCCUCACGAGCUGCUUAGUGAAGGAGACGUGGAGAAGCUGCUGCAGGUGACGGGUUGCUCCACGGAGCUGCAGACACCCGGCUGUCUGUCAGACUGUUUAUCUGAGCGCUACAGAUCCAUCACAGGCGAGUGCAACAACAGACAACAUCCAAGAUGGGGGGCUGCAGACAUCCCGUACUCCCGUUGGCUGCCUCCAGAGUAUGAGGAUGUGUGGGGGCUGCCCAGAGGCUGGGAGCCUGAACACACCUACAACAACAUCAGCCUGCCUCCAGUCAGGCUCGUCUCACAGGAAGUGCUGUUCACCCACAACGACAGAAUCUCCGAGGACUCCACUCUGUCUCACAUGCUGGUGGACUGGGGUCAGUGGAUAGACCACGACUUGGCGCUGACCCCUCAGAGCCCCAGUACAGCCUCCUUUAAGACGGGGGCGGACUGCAGCCACAGCUGCAGCCGGGACUCUCCCUGCUUUCCCAUUCAGAUCCCACGAUCUGAUCCUCGUAGUGGUGUCCAGAGCUGCAUGCCUUUCUUCCGCUCUGCUCCCAGCUGCGGAGCAGGAGUUCUCCCCCAUCUCCACCGGGAGCAGCUCAACGCCAUCACCUCCUUUGUAGAUGCCAGCAUGGUGUACGGCAGCUCCCCCAGCCUGGCCUCCUCUCUCAGGAACCGCUCCUCUCCUCUGGGCUCCAUGGCCCUCAACUCCCUGUACCGUGAUGGGGAGCUGGCCUACAUGCCUUUCCUGCCCCGCCGGCAGGCUCACCUAGAUCCCUGUGGUCCCCGUGACCCCGCCUCCUCGAGAGGAUCAAACCAGUCUACGCACCCAGAGAACUCCACAUCAUGUUUUCACGCUGGCGACUCGAGAGUCAACGAACAUCUGGGGCUGAUCGCGCUGCACACGCUCUUUCUGAGGGAGCACAACCGGCUGGUUCAAGAGCUGCACCAGCUCAACCCCCACUGGAGCCCCGACACCCUCUAUCAGGAAGCUCGCAAGAUCAUAGGAGCCGUCCACCAGAUCCUAACGUGGGAGCACUACCUGCCACGGGUUCUUGGUGAGAGCACCAUGUCCGGUCUGAUGCCGCCCUACCAGGGCUAUGAUCCAAACGUUGACCCGAGCAUCGCCAACGUGUUUGCGACUGCUGCGUUUCGCUUUGCUCACGUUACCGUGCAGCCCGUAGUGAACAGGCUGGGGCCACAAUACACCUUCAACUCCAAGUACCCCCCGCUGCCGCUGCACCACUCACUGUUCGCCUCCUGGAGGGUUGUGCAGGAAGGUGGCAUUGACCCGGUGCUGCGUGGCCUGCUGCUGUCUCCAGCCAAGCUCCAGACUCCAGGUCAGAUGAUGGUGGAGGAGCUCACAGAAAGGCUGUUUCAGGCACAGGGCGGGAUGCCCCUGGACUUGGGGGCCCUGAACUUACAGAGGGGCCGGGACCACGGCUUACCUGGUUACAGCUCGUGGCGAAGAUUCUGCGGUCUCUCUGUUCCCAACACGACGUCAGACCUGGCUGAAAUUCUGGGGAACUUCACUUUAGCUCACACGUUCACCCUCUUGUACGGGACUCCGCACAACAUCGAUGUGUGGGUGGGGGCCAUAUCUGAGCCUGCUGCGACUGGAGGACGAGUGGGACCGCUCCUGUCCUGCCUCCUGGCCAGACAGUUCAGAGCGCUGAGAGACGGGGACAGGUUUUGGUGGGAGAGGACAGGAGUGUUCACAAGCACCCAGAGGGGACACCUUCGCUCCAUCUCUCUGUCCCGCAUCAUUUGUGACAACAGCCACAUCAGCCAUGUCCCAGCAGACCCGUUCUCACGCACCGAGCGCCCCGAAGACAUGCUGACCUGUUCCCACCCGCUUAUCCCUCAUCUCGACCUCAGCCCCUGGAAAGAACCUGGCGCAGAUCCCAGCUGUGGUCGGAUUCCCAGGAUUCAGUCCGGCUACUCUCUGCUCUGCAACGCUGUGGUUCUCUAUCAGUGCCAGGCUGGUUUCAGGCUGCUGGGCUCUUCAUCGAUCAGCUGUGAUGCAGUCAGACAGCAGUGGAGCUCCCCGCCUCCAACAUGCCAAGACAUCAAUGAAUGUGAGGAGCUGAUCUCUCCUUGCCCUCCACACCUGCAGUGCUUCAACACAGCCAGUUCCUUUAUUUGCUCAGAACCCUCCUCGCUGUCCGCCGCCUCCAUCGUUGCUGCAGUAGUUGUGCUGGUCGCCGGUGCAGCUGUGCUGGUUUCAGUCACGAUCUGCUACCGAAGAUACUUUUCCAAAACAGAGGAGCUGAUCUCAGCUGAACGUUGA